AUGCUCACUUGCGCAGGCCAUUUCGUGAUAUCAUUACUAACGAGUUUCAAAAAAAGGCAAUUAAUACUUAGAGGGUGGAUACCGUAUGAUUACUCGUCGUUCGUGCUAUUUUGUCUUACGUAUACUCAUCAAUACGUAGGCGUGAUAUCCGCAUCUCUUGUUAAUGUUGCUUGUGACAGUCUCAUUGUUGGUCUAUUAUUGCAUCUGUGCUGUCAAAUUAUGAUCUUACAGUAUCGUUUUAAAGGUCUUAUAACUGGUCAAAAUACUCUGGAUGAUUGUGUACGCCAACAUCAUCACAUAAUCGAAUUUGCAUACACGACUAACGAGAAAUUCACGAGAAUCAUUGCAUUUCAAUUUGUAGCAAGUACAUUCGUAGUCUGCUCGAACUUGUAUCAAUUAACUAGAGCAAAAUUAAUAGUAGAUUUAAUUAUUCUUUUUGCAUACACAAUUUGUGUACUUGUGCAAAUUUUUAUUUAUUGCUGGUUUGGAAAUAAACUUAAACUGAUGAGCCUUCAAUUGAUCGAUAGUAUUUUCGAAAUAGAAUGGAUAGCAUUGGACCAUAAAACUAAAAAGAGCCUUUUGAUUAUUAUGAUUCGCGCAAUGAAACCUAUUGAAUUUCACAGUGCAUACAUUUUUAAUAUGAAUUUAAAUUCUUUUGUUGCGUUGCUUAAAACGUCAUAUUCUGUUUACAAUUUGUUAAUCCAAAUACAGGAAUAA